UUUGGUUCAUGGUCAAGAACUCAUUGUACACCGAUGUUGGGUAUAUUGGAAGAUGCACCCUAUGUUUGUUUACUUUACAUGGGGACUGCGGGUACAAGAAAAGCCCAAAGAUCUUCCAGGGACGUGUUUCACAGUGGUACCCAAAAGACCAGGCUGCCUUUGUCCGUAGGCAGCCUGAGGGCGACUCGGUGUCCUCGGCCGAUGGAGGACAACGGGGCCGACCCGGAGGCCGUGGCAUCUCUCCCAUCUGCAGGCGCUGCUGGGGAUCCCACACCUCAGUCACGCUGCAGCAGCAGGGAGCUCUGUGGGAGCCGCUGCUUUCUUCCUUCUUUGCGUUUCAAGAUUGUCCUGGGUGCCUGGAAGGUAAGUAUUAACUUCCCCCAUGGGUUGUUAGUGGGGUGGGGGGGUCCCGGGCUGGCGCGCGCUGCCCUGGCUGUGCUGCUCUCAGGGUCAGCUGCUUCUGCAGAGCCGGCACCCUGCUGUAGUACCCGGCGCCGUCUCCAAGAGCCGUGGGUUGCAUGGGUGGCUGGAAAAUGUGCCCGGCUUGUGCCUUCCCCUGGUUACCAGAGGUGGUUUUUCAACUUUUCUAUGGGAGGGGAGAACCUGAGGGCGACUCCGGCCUGGGCUCGGCAGUGCGCAGGGAGACGCGGGUGCCCUCCGGCUCCAGUGCCGUGGAAGGUGGGUGUGGAGCAGAUCUGCCAGCUCCUGACCUGCUUUCCCUGGGGUAUCCUUGGGGGGUUCCCUGGGGAUCCCCAAGCUCCAGCUGCUCCAGCUCCCUCUGGGUCCCAGCCCCACAACCUGGCAUCCCAGCCUGAGCUGGACACCAUCUCUGCUCGAGGGGACGCCCACCCGCCUCGCUCUGCUGCGCCAUCGCUGAGGCUUCAGCGCAGGACCCUGCCAACGUGGCCGUUCCUGGACCUGCUCCGGGUGCAGACCACGGAUGGGGCAGCGAGGGUGCUCAAGCCUGGCUCCCCACACCCGCGACUGGCUUUCAUUUUUCACACCGCUCAAAAAGCUUUUCCUUAACUUCUGGGGCCAAAUCUUUCUUUGAAGCAAUAUUUUUUUCCCCCUGCUCUCACCAGUUUCAUAAUGUUUCAGUCCAGCCAAAGCCCGUAAGCGGUUUGUGUUCAAUUCAACCAUUGCCACUGAAGGACCCGUUGGUGGCACCGUGCGGCGCAGAUCUGCCACGGCGCUUGGGGGAGCAGGGACUUGCCCGGGCUUCGCUCGGCCGGGCCGCAGCCGGCUUUUGUUCUCACUUGUUAAUCAGUGUUUUGCUUUUGGGGCUGUUGGUGGUGCGGGAGAGCUGUGGGGUCCGGCAGAGCACCCACGGGUGCCCCACUCGGAC